GGGGAGGUUCCAGAGCCACAUCCUCUGGGGAAGGGCUGUGUCUUCAGAAAAGAACAAUUUACGUUAUUAAAAGAACAAUUAACAUUAGAAUCUAUUUAUUUGUAAAUAGAGCCUUGCUUUAAGUGGGAUCUUUUCAAAUAAUUGUUUCUAAAAACUUACCAGAGGGAGAAUCUAAGAUCUGGAGUCUCCUGAUCCAAAAAUCCCUCAAAAGUCAAGACAAAGUAUCAGGAAUGAUAAUGAUUAAAAGGGACCUUUGUGCACCUGGUUUGGAAUUUUCCAUUUUACAGACAGGAAGGCAAACACACUCCUGUACCCUCCUCCUGCCUGACACUGGCUGCCCUGACCUACACGUUUGCUCAGCUCCACCCAGUGCCUCCAGGCUGUGGACCCUCUGUCUAUCUGCCACAGAGCUGGCUCUGGCUGUGCUGAGAUGGGGCUGCCCUGGGCAGGGCUAUGGCUGAAAAGGCUCUGGGUAUUCUUGCAGGUGGCCCUGCAUGUGGCCAUGGGCAAAGUGCUACUGACACUGUUCCCUGGUAGAGUCAAGAAGAACAUCCUGGCCCAAAACCCCAACUUUGCCUAUGACAUGUGGGGCUCGACCCUCUUCAGCAUCCCGUACUUCUGGUUCAUCCUGAAGGUCCAUUGGCAGCGACUAGAAGACAAGACUGAGGAAGGGGGUCUGGCCCCAAACUGCCCCGUGGUCCACCUCUCAGGCCAAAGGUCCAACAUUUGGGACUUCAUGCAAGGCAUCAGACCACUGGUGCUGAAUUUUGGAAGCUGCACCUGACCUUCAUUUCUUUCCAAGUUUGACCAGUUCAAGAGACUUAUGGAAGACUUUAGCUCCAUAGCAGAUUUUCUCAUCAUUUACAUUGAAGAAGCUCAUGCAACAGAUGGCUGGGCUUUUAAAAACAACGUGGCCAUCAGGAAUCACCGGAACCUCCAGGACCGCCUGCAGGCAGCUCGCCUGCUUCUGGACAGAAGCCCCCAGUGCCCCGUGGUGGUGGACACGAUGCAGAACGUGAGCAGCCAGCUCUACGCGGCACUGCCAGAGAGGCUCUACGUGCUCCAGGAGGGCAAGAUCCUUUACAAGGGUAAACCUGGCCCUUGGAACUACCAUCCAGAGGAAGUGCGUGCUGUUCUGGAAAAGUUUAACAGUUAAUCUGGACAAUCCCCCAGUUUUACGUGACCUACAGGAGGAAUCCUCAAGACUUGGCUCUCCCCACCCCAGCUGACUGGCACCUCUCGAUCUGCGUUCCCAGCUAAAUUACUAGCUCAGACUAUUCUAGUUUAAGCAAACGGCUUUCAGCUAGGGGUGCAGGUCACAGCAUUCAAUCAGGACUGAGUUUGUUAUAAUCAGAAAAUGAAAUCAGCACUUGAGUUGUUCAGGCAAGGCAAAGAAUGCACAUCUCUACACUGCUCCACUGUGGAGACCAUACUCAUUGCAUGAUGUCUUAGAGUGAGAGCACAGUCAUAGUGAAUGGAUAUAAUUCUGAGGUGUGUUCUGUCUAUCCAGCCACUCUGAUAUCAACCAAGUGGUUAAAUAUGGCAUUCUUUAUAUUAGGUAAAUUCACUUUACCAAAUUUGGCAUUUAUAGAAUUGAUAAUUUAAGACACUAAACUGGUUUUUAGAACUAAGUAUGGGAAAAAUUCCAGUUGUUUGAGGAGUGAUGAGGAACUGGAAGAGGAGGAAAUCGGAAUAGGAGGAGACAGUAGAG